GGUGAUCUGCUCGUCACCAAAUACGGUCACUAUGCGCUGAGUGUGCGCGAGCCGCCGCUGCCUGCUCAGGCGCGUGUCAGUGAAGUGCGCGCUUUGCUCCCCUCAGAAAGCCAUGCCGUCAGAUCUUGCUAAGAAAAAGGCUGCAAAGAAGAAAGAGGCUGCCAAAGCUCGGCAGCGUGUGAAAAAGCAUGAGGACGUGAACGGAGAAGGAGAGCUUCAGGAUGCCCAAGCGAAUGGUGCCGUAACUAAUGGGGAGACAAAUGGAGACGUUGCUGCUCUGACUAAGGAGCUGGAUGAGUUUGAGAUACGUAAGAUGGAGGCACGGGCAGUGACGGGCGUCUUGGCCUCCCACCCCAACAGCACUGAUGUUCAUAUCAGUAGUCUGUCACUCACUUUUCAUGGCCAAGAGUUACUGAGUGACACAAGCCUGGAGCUCAACUCCGGCCGGCGCUACGGUCUCAUUGGACUCAAUGGCACAGGCAAGUCCAUGCUCCUGUCUGCCAUUGGGCAUCGAGAAGUUCCCAUCCCAGAACACAUAGACAUCUACCACCUGACACGAGAGAUGGCCCCUAGUGAGAAGACAGCGCUGCAGUGUGUUAUGGAGGUUGAUGAAGAAAGGAUAAAACUAGAGAAGGAGGCUGAACGACUGGCUCAUGAGGACUCAGAGUGUGAGAAGCUGAUGGAGAUUUAUGAGCGUUUGGAAGAGUUGGACGCAGACAAAGCUGAAGUUCGUGCCUCACGAAUCCUCUUUGGACUGGGUUUCAGUCCUACUAUGCAGCGAAAAAAACUGAAAGAUUUCAGUGGAGGCUGGAGGAUGCGUGUGUCCCUUGCCAGAGCCCUAUUCAUAAAACCCUUCAUGCUGUUGUUAGAUGAACCCACUAACCACCUGGAUUUGGAUGCCUGUGUGUGGCUGGAAGAAGAACUUAAGUCUUUUAAGCGAAUCCUUGUACUCAUCUCCCAUUCUCAAGACUUUCUCAAUGGUGUCUGUACGAACAUCAUUCAUCUCCACCAGAGGAAGCUCAAGUACUACACUGGUAACUACGACCAGUAUGUGAAGACCAGAGAGGAGCUGGAGGAAAACCAGAUGAAGCGGUACAACUGGGAGCAGGACCAGAUAGCUCAUAUGAAGAACUAUAUCGCCCGUUUUGGUCACGGCUCUGCAAAGCUAGCUCGCCAGGCUCAGAGCAAAGAAAAAACACUGCAGAAAAUGGUGGCCUCUGGCCUAACAGCUCGUGUGGUGAACGACAAGACCUUGUCAUUUUAUUUUCCUCCUUGUGGGAAGAUCCCCCCUCCUGUCAUCAUGGUGCAGAAUGUCAGCUUCAGAUACUCCAGUGACACACAAUUAAUUUAUAAGAAUUUGGAGUUUGGUAUUGACCUGGACACACGAGUUGCACUGGUGGGUCCCAAUGGGGCAGGGAAGUCCACACUUCUCAAGCUGCUGAUGGGAGAGCUUCUCCCCACAGACGGAAUGAUAAGAAAGCACUCACAUGUCAAGAUUGGCAGAUAUCACCAGCAUCUGACUGAGCAGCUAGAGCUUGACCUGUCUCCUCUGGAGUACAUGAUGAAGUGCUUCCCAGAAAUCAAAGAGAAAGAGGAGAUGAGGAAGAUCAUUGGACGUUACGGCCUGACAGGGAAGCAGCAGGUCAGUCCCAUCAGGAACUUGUCAGAUGGCCAGAAGUGUCGGGUGUGUUUCGCGUGGCUUGCAUGGCAGAAUCCCCACAUGCUGUUUCUGGAUGAGCCUACUAAUCACUUGGACAUUGAGACAAUUGAUGCUCUGGCUGAAGCCAUCAAUGAGUUUGAGGGAGGAAUGAUGCUAGUUAGCCAUGACUUCAGACUUAUUCAGCAGGUGGCUCAGGAAAUUUGGGUGUGUGAGAAGCAGACCAUCACCAAAUGGAAAGGGGACAUUUUGGCUUAUAAGGAGCACUUGAAAUCAAAAAUUGACAAACAGACUCAUGAUAUAUAAAAACCCUUGAGCUGGACAGACAAACUUUUCCAUCAUGGAUUAAUUGCCCUCCUCUGUUUCCCAGAUGUGCAUGACCGAAGGAGUUUUAAAUUGGACAGUGAACCCCAGUUUUUCAGCUGUUGAUGUGGAUUGCAUUCCAUUGUACUUUCAUCUAGGAUUGUUGAUGACUUCCCUGGUCUUAUAUCUGUUAAUGCACCUCUCAGAUUUCCCAGCAUCAGUACGUCUGUUUUAUUUAAUACUGUAAAGGCAAUAAUGGUUUAUUGAAAUAAAUAGAUUCAAUUAUGUAGGUGCAGAACAGUAGAGAACAUCAAGAUAUGCAUAAAACAAUUUUGUCCAUACCAAAAUAAUGAAUGUAGAUACAUAAAAUAUCAUUUUAAACUGAACAGUUUGAAUUGAUCUGUCAAUACUGCAUUCAUGUGAAUACAUGUCUUUUUGGAACAACAACGGGUGCUGCUGGAGGACUUACAGUUGUUACCCCCUAAUUUACCUCUUACUGCAACAUGAGCUCAUAUAAGGAAAAAUGUGUUGUACAGCCCAUUCAGUUAGUUUGUGGAAAAUAAUCACAUUAGCGAUAUAACAGCAAGCAAUGAUGCAUUAAUAUGGUUUCUAUAUCUUAAACAUUUUAAAAAGUUUAUCAGAGUAGCCUAUGUGCAAAAAUUCAAACAUGCAAACAUGCAAACAUGUUCAUGUUUCGCAAUGAGGUACAUUUAUCAGUUCUAGAGAAUAGCUACAUCCCUUUUCUCAUAAAAUACCAAGUCAUGCAGGUUUGUGUGCUUGAGAAAUGUUCUAACCCACAUUGUGUGUAAAUGUGUAUUUCUAACCAAGGACACAUUUUGUAAAAAUUUCUGAUUUUUCUUUAUUGUACAUUGCCCUUGUUACAUGUUACAUGCAACAACCAAAUUCUAAUCCCAACUCUAACUUGUUGUUAAUUAAUAAUACUCAGUGCAAUUUACACUGUAACAAGGACGCUGUAAAAUAAAGUGUUACAGUUUUUCUUAACUAAAUCUGAUAUAACCCUCCUUCUAUGAACAUCCUCCCCGUUUAGGCAGGUAAAUGUGCAGAUGUGCAACUGUCUCCAAUCUUGUGGUUGUACAUCUGCAACUUUUGUCUCUUUAUAUUUCUGCAGCACUCAGUCUGUUUCCCUCUGUGUUCAUAUAAUGUGUAAAAGGAAUGUGGGGUGUUUGAUUAAUAUGGUCAAAUCCACACACACUUCAAUGGCUGGCUUUGCCAAAGCAUUUAGACUAAAAAUAUGAUCUUAUAAAACAAAUGUAUGCAACAUAUUUGUCCAUGGCCGCAUACUUUUUUUCAGUGUAUCAGAUUAAACUAUAUUAGAUUAAAAUCUCUAAUGGCAACAAGAUAAAUAUUGCUUGGUAUUCAUCUUUUAACAACGAAGGCAACCAAAAAUUUGGCAGGAGUCAAAAUCCUCAUCUUUGUACAAGGAGCUAUGUGUUGUAUGAUUGACUUGUGGGUAAGAUCACCAUCUACACAAUAUUAUACAACAAUUAUUUAAUUCUUUUUUAAUUUUUUUUUUGGUAGGAGAUCUCAUCUUUGAUAGGACAGUAGAGAUGAGACAGGAAGUGAGUGGGAGAGAGAGGGUGGAAUCAGGAAAUUAAAUGUAUUUAAUCCUACAGGGGACAUCAAAGUUCUCAUUAUCUAUAUUGUAAUAACCUCAACCAAUUUUCAUAGUCUACGUUUGUGCCUUUAAGCAUACUGUUUUCCAUUCUUCCUGUCUUUAUUUAAAUCUCGUAUCCACGCUAGUCUCUGAUUUUCAGAAUUUUCUUUAUGAUUAUCUACUAGUAUAUUACGUCCUGUAUGUAAACAGUCUUGAGUGGAGAAUGUUUCCAAAGUGGACACUGGGGCUGUUUGACUAAGUUAUUUAGGAGGGGGAAAAAAGAAACUUCCUAGUUGUAGAUAUAAAAGGCCAAAAAUAAAUCUUAAAAAUAAAUAAAUAAAUGUUUCCAAAGUAUGUCAAACUUUGUUACAAGCUUAACGUAAAAUGUUGUUAAAAUAUUAUCUUCACAGAUCCAUCAAUCUAAUAAUGCCCUAUUUAAACAAUUUGAACCAAAUAUCCUUCUUUUUGAUUUCUGUUUUAAUUAGCCAUGCGGGAAUAACAACUGAUCAGGAUCUGGUGAUGAAGCCCCAAAACAAUACUGAAUGAAGAUAAUGCGCCUGUCCUAUCAUAAACAUUCUUCAAAAUGAACAUGCACAUUUUGUCCUGACUGCAAAUGCACAUGACUUUCUUACAAGGGUUCAGUAUAAAUAUUGCUGUGUAGCUUCCUCCUCACUCUUAGCAGACAGAGAUAGCUCUAGAGCUAAGGCUAUAGUUCUCCUGCUGCAAUGAAGCCAAUUCUUUUUACUGGAGGCAGCAUUUUGCUGAUUUUCAUCUUUAUACAAGGAGCCUUGGCAGAUGACCCAUGGAUUCCUGGGCACGCAAUAUUGGGAAUGGCUGGCAGUCAUAUACCUGAAGAGUCACCAGCGGCCAUAUCAGGAUCCGGUGAUGACAUACCUACGGAGCCUCACAACCUGAAAAUUGGAAGAAGAACGCA